UGUAAGAGAGAGAGAGAGAAAGAGGGUGAGGUGUACAGACACACACACACACACCUGCACCAUUAGACACCUGUCAGAGCAGUUGGAGAGAGUAACUGCUGGAUAUCGGAGCCUGGAGGUUUCACUGGAGGUCUCCUCUUUAACUCUUUGGACAGUUUUCUUUUUAUGACUGUAUUUUUGGAGGAGUGAAAACUGUUGGAGGAGGAGAGCUUUCAUCACAGACGUUUAUCCUGCGACUGAAUCCCAUCCUUAAGGAGAGUUUGCUUUUGGUGCUGCUGUUUUCCAAGACACCCGUCUUCAACUAAGCUGCGUGAUCAUGGCGGACUUCCCGUCCAAGGUUACCACGGAAACCAGCUCCCCAAACUCCCAAAACUCUCAGCAGGGGGGCAACAGCCUCGGAGGGCUGGCCGCCAACGUCACCACUAUGAUGGACAUGUCCUUUAUCCGAAGCAUCCCGGCCAUCCUCAUGAUUGCUGAAAUAGUUCUGGGGCUGCUCCAGUGGGCGUUGAUAGCCAGCGCCCCCUACACGUUGUUGCCAGCGUAUGGCUGGGUGAUGUUCGUGGCCGUCACCCUGUGGAUCCUCACCACCAUCCUCUUCUUUAUGAUCCUGUUCGGCGCCAAGCAAAAACUCACCUUCGUCCCCUGGCCCAUGACGGUGAUGGCGUAUCACGCCAUAGCUUCGGUCCUCUAUCUGACGGCCUUCCUGGCCAACGCAGUAUCCGUGCACCCCUUCCGCUUCACCUAUUUCCUUGGAUAUAUGGCAGCUGCUGCUUUCUUUGGCGCCGUGGUGACCUUGGCGUACGGUGCCAGUGCUUUCUUCUCCUAUCUGGACUGGAAGGGAGAUGGAGGGAACGCUGCCAACAACACAGUGCCAUCCUAGGACUCUGGGAUGCUGAUCUCCUCGUGUUUUCUUUCCCUCAAGAUGCUGUAGUUAUUUUGAUAGUCAACUGUUUAAACGUAUUACUGCUCACUCUGGUAACCCAAAUCCUGACCUCUUCUCAACCCCAGUAUUAUCAAUAAAAUGAAACCUUAGAUAUCCUGUAUUAUAUUAGUUUUUGGUCCAACUCAUUUCAUUUGCCGUCACACUACGAAAAUAAAUUGGAAAAUGAACUGUAUUACUACAACACAAUGUCUUUCUGUGCUGGUGGCCUGCACUGAGGCCUCAAAUUCGGGCAUUCCUGAAAUUAUGAAAUGAGUGAUAAUAUUGUAAAUACGCAAAUAAAGACUCUAGAUUCAAUUAUUGGUUAUAGUACAGCCUAUUGGCAUCAUAUGGUUAGCAACACCGGGUUGCAUUUAGAAUACACAAAAGAUGCCUCACUAUGCACCUAAAGUAAUAGUUUGACAUUUUGGUAAACUAAACUCUUACCUUCUUAGACAAAUUGAUACCACUCUCAGGUUUGUAUGAUAAAUAUGAAGCUACAGCACUGGCAGCAGCUGGUUAGCUUAGCCUAGCAUGAAGACUGGACACAUGGGGAAACAGCCCUCUUGUUUCUGUCCCCUCACCAGUUCCUCUAAAGCUCACUGAUUUAUUUUUGUUCAUUAUCUGAAUGACAUACUCUGCCAUUCUAACAAACAUAAGAACAUUGUUAAAAAACGUUUCAUACAAUGGGAUCCAUUUUGAUGAGCUCAAAAUAUCAAUAUUAGUCCAAACGGCUUUAAAGGUGUCCUUGGUCAGUCAUUGAUGUGAAGAUCAGAUAAGCAGUGUAAACCGUUGUCUUCUGUGAAUCGGGGCUUUGAGAAAAAGAGAUUAAACACUCUGGUUUCAAGAACUUACUCCAAACUUGACAGCCUGACCAAACUUUGAUUAUAAAGCUUACCCAAGUGUUUGGUACUAUGUUGUGACAUUUAUCAAGGAGAAACAUGAAGAUUCCUAAUUAUUCAAGUUGUUUGUUUAGUAUUUCCUGUUUACAGAAAGAGGUUGUUAUUGCAUUGGUAAGCUUGGUUGAGUAUCACUGUGGGUCCAUGUCAUAACAUGUUCUCCUGCCUUUGUUUAUGUGACACAUCGAAACUUAAGUUCUCCAUUGACCACGCCAAAGUACUUAUAACGAAUUAAAAAAUGUCCAUGGGAAAAGGUACUCUCUUAAUCACGCAUGUUAUAAAGAUGCAGGAAAUGAAUUACUCUUUAAUUAUUCAAAUGUUGUAUUCAUAGAGCUGUGGAAAAAAAGUUUGUAACAUAUUUCCUUUGAUUUAUAUGAUACAGUGCUCAACUCCUGUUGUAUGUGCCUUUAUGAAAUGUGUCUUUUUGUACCAAGAAUUUGAAUACUUGUGAAAUCCUGUGGUGAGUGCUGGAGUUCAAGCUGCAAAUAAAGCACUAGGUGAUGUC